AUGGACUCUUUGAUUGCUGGAUUCCCUGCUUUCUCGACCUUCUCCAUUGAGGCGGACAACGCCUGCGGCCACGAAGGCCCCGCCCCUUGCACUCGUAGCAGUACCACCAGAACGGGCAAGAACUCGGAGCCAGAGACGGAACAAUGCCACGACUUCUGCAUUCAAGAUGGACGAACCGAUAGCAAGGGACCUUUGUUCUGUCGCUGGGAGAGCUGCCCUCCUCACAACUCUCAGCAAUCAAGGCAGGUUCAAGGCAAGCCAAACUACCAACGUCGAUUACCACCCAAGCAACCAUCCCGAAGCACAAGGGAUGCUCCGUUACGAGUACCGCGUCGAUCGGGGUCGGGGGACUUUGUCGCAACGGGGGAAGAUGAUGCCCCGACUAUGCCUCGCCUGGAACUAUGGAGUCGAAGCACCAGAGACGGUUGUCCUUCACGAGACAGCCCAAGAACGGGAAAACGCAGCGUCGUGGUCGGCCAAAGACGAAGACGACGAACCAGAAGCCCACCCAUUCCAGCAAAGCAGUACCAAGUGUUUAGCCAGAGCGCAUGAUCAGGCAACGUGCGUGCUACUAGGCCACAGCUUCUAAAGUCUAAACAGC